AUGGAGGUACCAGCAGCCAGCGAUGGAGUCGACCUGGCUGCAUACAGAGCCAGGCUUCCUGCAGCAGCUGGAGAGUUUGAUGAGUCUGGUUUCUAUGGGUGCUAUGAUAACGUAGCAUCUGUUGGAUCUGAUGCUCUCAGCGGCUACAACACUCUGGACGCCCCGCCACACUAUGACUUCUACGCUAACACGGCAUCGUUUCGGCCACACAGACGCUUCAGACCGUCACUGUUCCAGCUGCACACAGAACCUGAGGUUGACUCCGGGCCUCCUUUGUAUGAGGAGACGACAGGUCAGAUGGGAGGAGGAGACAGCUCAGAGGAAGACGAGGAGGAGCAAAAGGAGCCGCCGCCUGAACCGACUCGCUUCGGCUGGGUUCAGGGAGUCAUGAUCCGUUGCAUGUUAAACAUCUGGGGGGUGAUCCUGUACCUGAGGCUGCCUUGGAUCACUGCUCAAGCUGGUAUAGGUCUGACCUGGGUGAUCAUCCUGCUCUCCUCUUGUAUAACUGGGAUCACUGGGCUCUCAACCUCCGCCAUCGCUACCAACGGCAAGGUCAAAGGAGGUGGGACCUACUUUCUGAUCAGUCGCAGCCUCGGUCCAGAGCUCGGCGGGUCCAUUGGUCUCAUCUUUGCUUUUGCCAAUGCUGUCGCUGUGGCCAUGCAUACUGUGGGCUUUGCUGAGACUGUAACAGAACUCAUGUCUGAAAGUGGAGCCGUCAUGGUGGACCGAACCAAUGACAUCCGCAUCAUUGGCAUCAUCACCGUCACAUGUCUGCUUGGUAUUUCAAUGGCUGGAAUGGCGUGGGAGUCCAAGGCCCAGGUGUUGUUCUUCCUGGUCAUCAUGGUGUCAUUUGCCAGUUACAUUGUUGGAACAAUCAUUCCUGCUUCAGCACAGAAACAAGCCAAAGGUUUCUUUAGCUACAAGGCGGAUAUCUUUACCUCCAAUUUUGUGCCUGGCUGGCGGGGACCAGAGGGGAGCUUCUUCGGCAUGUUCUCCAUUUUCUUCCCCUCUGCCACAGGCAUCCUGGCAGGAGCCAACAUCUCUGGAGAUCUGAAGAAUCCAACUGUGGCCAUCCCCAGAGGAACCCUGUCAGCAAUAUUCUGGACCACCAUUUCCUACCUCAUCAUCUCUGCAACCAUUGGAUCCUGUGUGGUGCGGGAUGCGUCCGGCCUGUUAAAUGACACGUUAUCACCGUCCUCAUCUAGUGAGGGUUGUGUUGGUUUAGCUUGUCAGUAUGGAUGGGACUUCACAGACUGCAUCAACAAUAAGACAUGCAGCUACGGCAUCAGCAACUACUAUCAGGCGAUGAGCAUGGUGUCAGCCUUUGCUCCUCUCGUCACUGCUGGUAUAUUUGGAGCGACACUUUCUUCUGCUUUGGCGUGCCUGGUUUCUGCUCCCAAAGUCUUCCAGUGUCUGUGUAAGGACAAACUCUACCCUUUAAUCGGCUUCUUUGGCAAAGGUUACGGCAAGAACGAUGAGCCGCUCAGAAGCUACCUGCUAACAUACGUCAUCGCUUCAUGCUUCAUUCUCAUCGCUGAGUUGAACAGCAUCGCUCCCAUCAUCUCCAACUUCUUCCUCUGCUCCUACGCUCUCAUCAACUUCAGCUGCUUCCACGCCUCCGUCACCAACUCACCAGGUUGGCGUCCGUCCUUCAGGUUCUACAGUAAGUGGCUGUCUCUGCUGGGCUCUGUGUGCUGUGUGGUGAUCAUGUUCCUGCUGAACUGGUGGGCAGCCCUCAUAGCGUUCGGCAUCGUCUUCUUCCUGUUGGGAUACACACUCUACAAGAAGCCUGCUGUGAAUUGGGGCUCGUCUGUGCAGGCGAGCUUCUACAACAUGGCUCUGAACCAGUGUGUCGGCCUCAACCACGUGGAGGACCACGUCAAGAACUACAGACCCCAGUGUCUGGUGCUGACCGGUCCUCCCAGCAGCCGACCAGCUCUGGUGGAUCUCGUCACCUGUUUCACAAAGAAUCUCAGUCUCAUGAUGUGUGGAAAUGUUGUGAUUGCUAGUAGCUCUCCAUCAGUGGUGGAAGAGGCGAGCCGUGACAGUAAUGUUUCCUGGUUGAACCAGAGGAAGGUGAAGUCGUUCUACAGUGGCGUCGUUGCUCCAGAGCUACGAUCAGGAGUCAACAUGCUGCUGCAGGGGGCAGGCCUGGGUCGAAUGAAGCCAAAUGUUCUAGUGAUGGGCUUCAAGAACUACUGGGACAGAGACACACCUCACGCUGCACACAGCUACAUUGGAAUACUGCAUGAUGCAUUUGACCUCCAGUAUGGCGUGUGCUUGCUGAGAAUGAAGGAGGAACUAGAUGUCUCUCCUUCAGCUCACUCACAUGUUAAUGCAGGCUUUUGUGGACGACAAGAGAAUCUAAACAUCCUCUCUGCCCCUUCCCACAUUCAAAAAAGGUGUUCAGCUUCUGUUGCCACUGAACCAGAGACUCAGCCCAGGACAGUGUUUCAGAAAAAACAAGGAAAAAAGACCAUUGAUGUCUACUGGCUGUCUGAUGAUGGAGGUCUGACCCUGCUGCUACCCUACCUGCUGACCCGUAGAAAGCGAUGGGCCAAAUGCAAGGUCCGAGUGUUUGUUGGGGGAGAAGCAGACAAGAAGGAAGAGCAGAAAGAGGAGGUUUUGGCACUGAUCAAGAAGUUCCGUCUUGGUUUUCAUGACGUUGAAGUGCUUCCUGACAUCUACCAGAAGCCCCGGCCUGAGAAUGUUCAUCGGUUUGAGGACAUGGUGGGUCGCUUCAGGCUGGAUUCAAAUCCCAAACAGGAUUCAGAUUCUGCAGCAUCAAGACAGCAAGAGGAGUCGUGGAAGAUCACAGACAACGAUCUAGAGAGGAACCAGGCCAAGUCUCUCCGUCAGAUUCGUCUGAAUGAGGUUCUGCAGGAUUACUCCAGAGAAGCUGCUCUGAUUGUUAUAACCAUGCCGGUGGGGAGGAGAGGAGUCUGUCCUAACACCCUCUAUCUGAUGUGGCUGGACUUCCUGUCACGUGAUCUGGGACCUCCUGUCCUGUUGGUCAGAGGAAACCAGGAAAACGUCCUCACUUUCUACUGCCAAUGAGAUGUCUCCUUGGGACCAGUAUACAGAUACUGAACUACAACUUUAAACUCACUCUAAGACUUGUCAAUGCUUUGGUGAUUGAUCAUUAUCUAAUCCUGUAAUUAAAGCUGUAGUUGGUAACAUAUAGCGGCAAGAAAAAGUAGAGUAAAAAUGUAAACCCUUUGAUAUUACCUGGUUUUCUGCAUUAUUUGUCAUAAAAUGUGAUCUGAUCUGCAUCUAAGUCCUACUUAGAUACAAACGGUUAUAAUAUUUCAUGUCUUUAUUGAAUCUAUCCAUGAAACAUUCAUAAUGCUGGUAGAAAAAGUAAGUUAACUCUUUAGCUCUAGCUAUGACUCCAAUAAGAGCUAUUUCUUGUCAGGAGUUAGCAAACCUGGGGUCUAAUCAAUGAAAUGAGAUUUGAGUGAGGUGUAGAGAUACUUUGACUUGUAAAAAACACUCAAACUUUUUGAGUUUGCUAUUCACAGCAAGCAUCUGCUCAUGAGAACCAUGCCUCGCAAAAAAGAGAUCUCUCCAAAGACCUGCGAUCAAGAAUUGUUGAUU